CCCUGAACGUGGACCCCAUGCAGCCCGCGAGCGCGGUGAACCCUGCGAACCCACGUCUGAGCCCAAUCGACCAGGGCGCCGCCCAGUCUAAGCGUUCGUCGCUGCUGAACUCGCCUGCGCGCCUCGCGUAUUCGUCGGACGGGGGCUCACCGAGCGCAGUGAGAUCGCACUCGCAGCGGUUGGAACCGAUUGCUCAGCAGCCUCCCUUUAUGGAAUCGCUGCCCGACCAGUUUGGUGCGGUCGAGCCCCCGCCGAAGGACGAAAAGGCCGCGAUACGCCAGCUGACGGUUAUCACCUGCGACUAGGCCUCUUUGCAUUCUUGCGCCUCGCAAUUGUCUGUUCCGAUGUUCCACGCUGUGUAUACCGUUCUCGAUCUGGAUACUUACAUUACGCUACCCGCACCCGCAUUGCGGGACACUCGGGGACGGGAGACUUAGUGGUGUCUGUCUGGAGAAUUUUGAUGUUAACAUUAUAAUUGCGAUGUUACACACUGUAUCACUAGUGCCUUUCCUCGCUCGUUAUCUCGCUCUGCGUAGCUCCUAAUCACUGACUCGUUAAUGAAGUUGACUUCAGUUUGCGCUGGAAAACAGUGAUUAUAUGGCUCAGAUCAUGUAGUAGUUGGUAGCCUUCGCAGUUCGUUGCUUUGCAG